GGGAGAGGGAGCGCGCAGCCGUCUCUCCAUCCGCUCUUUUCUUUUCUCUCUCUCUCGUUUUUUCCCCCCUCUCCGUCGCGCGCGCGAUGCGUCUCCGCGCGCUCUCGCCGCGUUCCCUGCUCUCGCUCUCGCUCGCGCUCGCGCUCGUCCUCCUCGCCGCGUGCGCUCCUCCUGCUGCUUCCACCUCUUCUUCCUCCGCGGCUCCGGGGUCGCCGUCUCCCGGGCGCCUCGCGCUCAGCAGCAGCUCGUUCGUGCUCAAGGGCGACGCCACGCACAACCAGGCGAUGGUGCACUGGACCGGGGAGAACAGCAGCGUCAUCCUCAUCCUCACCAAGUAUUACCAUGCGGAUUCCACCAAGGUGCUGGAGAGCUCCCUCUGGAGGUCCGGUGAUUACGGCACCACCUAUACGAAGCUGAACCUGAUGCCCGGAACGACCAUCAUAGUCACGAAUUUCUACAUUUGUCCAAGCAAUAAGAGAAAGGUGAUCCUGAUCAGCUCCACUAUAAAUGAACGAGAGCAGAUGCUGUUCAUUAGUACAGAUGAAGGAGCUUCGUUCCAGCGGCAGCCGCUCUCCUUCACUUUGGAAACACUGCUCUUCCAUCCGACUGAAGAGGACAAGCUUUUGGCCUACAGCAAAGAAGCCAAGCUGUACGUCUCCACUGAUCUGGGACGGAAAUGGACUCUGCUUCAGGAACGAGUGACCAAAGACCGAGUUUACUGGGCCGUGUCUGGAGUGGACGUGGAUCCUGAUCUAGUUCACAUGGAGAUGCAGGACUCCAGUGGAGGACACCUGUAUGUGACGUGCCUGAUCCAGAACUGCUCGGAUAAAAUGGUUACGGCGCAGUUCCUUGGGAAGAUUGACCACAACUCGCUCUCCGUGCAGAACGAUUACAUAUUUGUGAAGGUUACCACGGGUAAUCGUACAAAGCAUUACAUCUCCUAUCGGAGGAAUGAGUUCGUCCAGAUGCGAUUCCCCAAGUACGCUCUACCAAAGGACGUGCAGGUGGUGAGUACAGACGAAAACCAGGUCCUUCUGGCACUGCAGGAGUGGUACCAGACGGACACGUACAACUUGUAUGAGUCGGAUCCGCAGGGCGUUUAUUAUUCUAUCAUUCUGGAAAACGUCCGCAGCACCAAGCAGCCUGAAGAGAAUGUUCUCAUCGACGUGCUGGAGGUGCGCGGGAUCAAGGGUGUCUUCCUAGCCAAUCAGAAAGAAGACGGAAAGGUGACGACCCUCAUCACCUUUAAUAAGGGGCGGGACUGGGAACCCCUGGCUCCUCCCACCACCGACAUGAACGGCAAACCUGUCACCUGCAAACAGCCAGACUGUCACCUUCACCUCCACCUGAGAUGGGCUGAUAAUCCGUAUGUAUCUGGAACUGUUCACACUAAAGACUCUGCCCCCGGACUCAUCAUGGGUGCAGGUAAUCUUGGUUCUCAGCUGGUUGAGUAUAAGGAGGAGAUGUACAUUACCUCAGACUCUGGAAGAACAUGGAGACAGGUGUUUGAAGAGGAACAUCACAUUCUGUAUCUGGACCAUGGUGGGGUCAUCGUGGCCAUCAAAGACACGUCCAUCCCCUUAAAGAUCCUGAAGUUCAGUGUGGACGAAGGACAUACAUGGAGUGUCCACAACUUCACCAGCACGUCUGUGUUUGUGGACGGCCUGCUGAGUGAACCUGGAGACGAGACCCUCGUUAUGACAGUGUUUGGUCAUAUUAGCUACCGCUCUGACUGGGAGCUGGUGAAGGUGGACUUCCGUCAGUCCUUCCCCAGACAGUGCACAGAGGAUGACUACGACUCCUGGAAACUCACCAACCUGCAGGGAGAGCACUGUAUCAUGGGCCAGGAGCGAACCUACAGGAAAAGGAAGGAGUCAUCUCUGUGCAUUAAGGGAAAGAGCUACACAUCAGCGCUCACAGCUAAACCCUGUCAGUGCACUGAGAAAGACUUCAACUGUGAUUACGGGUUUGAGAGGGCUCCUAGUCUGAAGGCAGAAGGUGACCACUGUUUCCCCGAUUUCUGGCACGAUCCAGACGCUCCACCCGAUAACUGCCAUUUGGGGCACACCUACGAGUCUAGCACAGGCUACCGGAAGGUGGUCUCUAACGUGUGUGAAGGUGGCACCAAUAAAGAGCAGAGCGCCAAGCAGCACUCCUGCCCUCUGCUGCCCCCUAGAGGCCUGCAGCUGGGCAUUAAAGGACAGAUGCUCACUGUCGCACCUGGCGAUGACAUCACGUUUGUUGUCCAUCAGGAACAGGGAGACACCAGCAGUACUAGGUACCAGGUGGAUCUGUGGGAUGGAGUCAGGGCCAUUUAUGAGAACCUGACAGUGACCGAUGAGCCGAUUCAGCACCGCUAUGAGAAACCGGGGGUGUAUCGCGUCAGCGUUCAGGCUGAGAACUCUGCCGGCCAGGACCGAGCCACGCUCUACAUCCAGGUCACCACACCUCUGCAGGAAGUCCAUCUGGAAGUGGUUCCCAUCGCAGGCAGGAACCAGCUGGUCAACCUGACGGCCGUAGUGCUUCCUGCAGACGCUAACCUCACCGUCUUCUACUGGUGGAUUGGAGAUGACCUGCAGCCGAAGCUGACCUUGGAGAACAGUUUGCUCACGCGGUUUCCUGAAGAGGGCGAAGUGUCCGUCACCGUCCAGGCCUCCAACGGUCGCUCCACAGUCCAGGACAGCAAGACUGUACGAGUUUAUGAUCGAUUUCAGGUCAUUCCUCUGAGCUUCAGUCCGAAUCUGGACCGAUUCAACCCAAACAUCCCGGAGUGGAGAGAGGAUGUGGGCCGAGUGGUCACCAAAAUAUUAGCCAAGGUUACAGGAGUUCCUCAGGACUCUCUGGUCACCAUGGUGAAACCUGGACUCCCAACCACAGCGCAGCUCUACGUUCUGCCACCAGAGGGCGUGCCAGCCAAGAGGAGUGUGUUUGUAGAUAAGCGUGUGUCCACCAUAAAGCAGGCCCUGAGAGAGAGUAAUGUGAGUUUUAUUGUGAGAGGAGGGCUGAGAGUGCUGGUGACUCUGGCAGACCCAGACGCAGGCUAUAACUCUGGAGCUGGAAGUCCAGGAGUUUGGGCUUUAGCUGGAAUUCUGCUGGUCACCUUCCUCUCUACUGGAGUCUUCCUCCUCUACAAGUUCAAAAGGAAAAACUACAAAAGCCAUGGUUCCUUGCUGAGACCAGAGGAGGACAGCCUAACGCGUCCCUGGCUGCGUUUCAGAAAGCUGCCGGGCCGCAAUGUCUACGCCCAGAUGCACAACGAGAAGGAACAGGAAAUGACCAGCCCCGUCAAUCACAGCGACGACACGCAAAACAUCAUUCAGGGGGAGGAGUUUAUCGACGACGACCUGGACUCGCAGACCCUAGGUAACGGUGGAGGCAACCACUCGGGUGUAGUACUCAGCAUCACUUCGAGGGAGCUGCAUAGCUACCUGAGCAGCUGAUGGCCAGCAGGGGGCAGCAGCCGCCAGCAAAAUGGACAAAUGCCUUUCAGUUCUGCCCACCAGUGACCCUUAACACACCCGGACGAGAGAAAAAAAGAGUGGAGACACCCCUGCACCCGUUACCCACCACAGCAGAACCUUCUAUCACUCAACCUCUCCCUCUCUCUCUCUCUCUCUCUCGCUCUCUCUCUCUAACCGUUUCUACUGUAAAUCUCUCUCUCUGUGUUUUAUUGAUACAGAGAGAGGAUUUUGUGCCCACAGCUGCACUGAACACCACACGCACUAACUUUCACGAUAUAGGCGAACCCCCCACCCCAAGCACGCGCACAAAGGCUGUGUCCCAAAUUUCUCCCUACUCCCUACAGAGUGCACUACGUAACUACAUCUUCCACUGCCCAUUUUGAGUUCCACCUACCUUACAGAUCUACAGUUACAGACCGCAGUCCACCUGUUGCUGCACCGUUUAUCAGCCCCCACCCACCCCAUUCAUCAUUGGUCAGUUUCUGACCACAGGAAUGCUGUUGUCCAGCUAUUAUUUGGGUGGUGGUUCAUUCUCAGCACAGCAGCAACACUGACACGGUAGUGUGUGUGGUGCUGGUACAAGUGUAGCGGUGUUGCUGGAGUUUUUACACAUUGUGUACCCUCACUGGCCACUUUAUCAGAAACCCCUCUCUUGAUGGCGUACAGUUAUAACUGUAGCUCAUCUGUGGAUGCAGUUUGUGUUCUCCAUCUUCUGGUCCUUCAUCUGUGGUAGAUUUCAGGUGGUGGUCCCGUCUCAGCCUAGCAGUUGAUAGACUGAUAGACUCGUACCAGCACCACACACACUACCUUGUCAGCAGUAUCCCAGGGCAAGACGUGAUCUUGUAACGAGAACCAUGAACAAUGUUGGAUGAAAUUUGGGUGGGAAUGUGUUUUUUAGGGUGGGGGGAAAAAAGUAAGUAUAAAAUUUACAAACAGUCUCAAGCCUUGCGAAGGUAAAGCUCACAGUAGAGGGCGAUAGUGCGCUCGUAAACGUCAACAAGCUUGUCGAUAGCUCAUAGAUGUAGCGAAAGUUAGCAGGACUGGAAAGUCCCCCAAAAAGCCCAGAUGAAUGUAGAUUAAUGUAGACAUCUGGAUUGUAGAUUAGCAGAUUAUAUGCAGUAAAGUUAAACAUUAUUUUAUAUAAUCUUAUACCUUAUAUAAUUAUCUAUAUAAGGGAAAACAGUUCUGUUAGCCAGUGAUAGUGUUUCACGAGUUUACUUUACAAGUUUGUUUUGCUUGUUAGUAUUUGUUCUCCAGGUGUUAAAGUGAGCUCAGAGGUGGGUUUUAGACCCUUAAUUGUGGUAGAUUUCACUGCAAUCCAGCAGCAAAUGUUUAAAAAGCAUUUUCUCAAGCAUAUUUUCUCACUGAGAUCACAUUGUGCCUGGCAAGACUACCACAAACACUACCUUGUAAGUGUUAAUGCUGUGCCGAGAAUGAACCAACACCCAAAUACGUCUGGACAACUUCAUUUCUGUGGUCAGAAUUUGGCCAACACUGAAUGGAGUAGAGGGGGGGGCGAUAAAAUGUGCAGCAACAGAUUAGCUACAGUAUUUGUAUGUUUAUAUAGUGGAGCUAGAAGGUAGGCGUUUCUAAUAAAGUGGCCAGUUAGAGGAAGUACAA